GCGAUCCAAAAGCAUCGGACGGCCAGGAUAUCGAUUUUAGAGAAGCGGAGAGGAUGUGUUUGUGUUUGGCGCCGGCGCGGCAAAAUGUGAGAAAUGGAGAAUAUUGGAAAUGCAAGGUGACUUUGAAGAAGGAGGCGGUGCUUCGAGGAUUCCGAGGAGUCGUGUGGGGAGGGGGACGUAAGCAACACAAGGGUUCGGUGAUGGGUUGGCAGGAGGGGGUGGUCGGCGGUGGGAUUGACGCGGCCGCGCUCUCCGUGCCCUGCCUCUUACCGGCGUCGAUCACCACCGGCAACCCUGUACGAGGAGGAAGAGUGGGGAAAGAGGGGGAGGGAGGAGAAAGAACAGGAGGUGGAGGUGGAGGUGGGGUUGAGGAGAAGGCGACCUAGAUGGUGGGAAGCAAUAGGAAGGAGAUGGAACGAGGGGAGUUGUAGCUGUACCACUGUCGAAGCCUCGUUGUUGAGCUAUACCUGGCUCGCGCUCUGUUGCUGUGUUUCCUGAACAUCCUCUAUAUGUGAGGGUGCGCACUCGUUGGCUUUCUUCCCUUCUCCCUCGCCCGCCCCCUUCCUUGCCCGUUCGCUCCCCUUCCUUGCGCUGUUGCCUCUCUUGCCGUUUCUUCAAGUGCGUUCUUCUCUCGCUCUCUCUGCACUGCCGCGGUGGGACCUCUUUCGCCUUCGGAGUCAUUGGUGGAACGAUCGCCGAGCGCUCUUCUCUGCCUCAUUUUCCCCUCCCCUUUUCCCCUCCCCUUUUCCCUCCCCUUUUCCCCUUCCCAUCGCGUUCUCUACUCUCCCUCCUUCGUCCUCUUCCUCUCCCUCCCCCUUUGUUCCUGUUGGCGGGUUCUCGCCCUCUAUUGUAGGUCAUUAAUCUCUCGCGCGCCCAGCGCCGUCGGCACGCACACCUUCGUCUUGAAUGAGAGCGGGGAAGAUCGCGGGGCGACGGAUGGGCUGUCGGCGCGCGGAGCGGCGGAUGGGCACAGCCGCCACGCGGCGGCCGGCGGAACAGACUCAGAGGGGAGAAAAAGUGUGAGCAGGGUCGGCAAAGCAUGACUUUUUGGAACCCAAGGCAUGUGGACGAGAUUGCGGUCAGAUGCAUGCAUGUACGGCGGUAAAUACACUCAGAUGCAUACAUUGUGGAUGAGACAUUGUAGGUCCAUUUAGGCACUGGCUACGUGCAUACUCAACACUAGGGCCUUUUUUUUUUCCACUUAAGGACGUGAUUGCGGUCAAGUGCAUGCAAGCACGGCGAUAAAUACCGUCAGAUACAUUAAAGAUAGAGCCAGUGUGAGUACGCCCGCCCUAAAAAUAGUAAGUAUACAUGUGUCACUUCCCAAUGCACUCUUGUAGCACAACCACGAUGAUGCCGAAAAACAGAGCGGGACCUUGCGGAUGCUGAAAAAAAGAAAAGAAAAAAAAAAGAGCGGGAUCUCGCUAAUGCUGAAAGAGAAAAGAGCGCGGGAACAUCUUCAAACAAAUACGAUGCCUUUGGUGCGGCGCAUGAGCGGAUGACGAAGCGGCUUGGCGCGCGGGAGACAUCCGAAGAGUCGCCUUUUAAAAAUCUGCUUGCUGGUUGGAUUUGGAAAAGCGCCGACUUGAAUUCGCCGAC